CGCAUUGUCAACGCCGUGUAUUGUGGUAGUGAGAAUGUCAAACAAGGUGUUUUGUUUAGCAAUUAAUGUUUAGCCUGCUUGUAAUUGAUUCAGUACGGUGCCGACAACAGCAGACGACGAAAUGGAAAGAAGAAGUUUUCGAUGAUGAUUACAAUCCUAGUAAAGAAACGAGGGAGAUGAUUUGAUUACAAAAGAAUAGAAUUGCAGGAAUAUGUGGUUAUUGUUGUUGUUCGUAGGGUUCAUAUCGUUAGUGGCCGGCAUAUGCAUCACCCUUAGUGUUCAGUGGUAUAUUUUUCGUAGAUAUUUACAAACUCUUCCUUACGUCGGACCUCCGGAGACAACAGAAGCAGAUCCUUUUAGACUUCCACAGGAUUUGGAGGAACUACUGAAACAAGAUGACACAUUCAAGAAAGAAAACUGUGCUGCUCUUAAUUUGCUAUUCCAGUUCCUAUUCAAAGAGCUUAGGCACACAAAGGAGGUUCAAAAAUGGUUUCUGCGGAAGCUGAGCCUUGAGUUUGAAGAGUUGUUAACAAGGACAACAACUGGAAAACUUUUUGACAGUAUAACAAUUAGAGAUAUCCAUCUUGGCACACAUUUUCCAGAAGUGAAGAGUAUUUUGGUAAAGGAUGUUGUGCUUGAUGAAGUCAAUAAGCACCUUGACACAUUGGAAUUGUGCUUAGAUCUUGAAUAUUCUGGAGGAUUUCAGUUAUCUAUUGAUGCCAAUAUGGUGCUUGGCAAAGCAGCUUAUGUGUCAGUUAAAGUAAAUCGUCUCAUUGGACAAGCACAGCUGCAGUUCACACGUUUGCCCUAUACACAUUGGUCUUUCAGUUUCUACAGUGAACCUCUCCUAGAACUUCAGGUGGAAUCACAGCUGCAAGGUCGUCCCUUGCCUCACAUAAGUUCAAUUAUCAUUAACCAGAUACGCAAGACUGUCAGGAAGAAACAUACACUUCCUCAUUACAAGAUACGACACAAACCUUUUUUUGUAAAAUUAGUUCCAGAAGAAGAUGGAGGGACUCCAAAUGUACUUCCUGGAAAAUUACGGGUCACAGUUCAGGAAAUCACAAGAUUAACGCAGACACCACCUUGUGACAGUGUUUAUUGUUCAGUGGCUGUAGAUGCAUUCGCUUGGGUGGAGAUGGUACGAACUCAAAAUUCACACUAUGUAUCUUUGGAGCUGAGUAUUGAACAUCGUGGUACACAACCAUUAGGAUUAAUAUUUCGACAAGAAUUUGUUGCUGACCGUUAUCAGGCAUGUAUCGUGGUGGAUACAGUAACAUCCAUGUCACCAGCUGCUGCUGCAGAUGUUAAGCCUGGUGAUGUGCUUGUUGCUAUUGAGGGAAAAAAAGUAACCUCUCUCUCUCAAGUAGCUCGCCUGCUGAAAGCAGCUGGUGAGAAAAUAACCCUGAGAGUGGAACGCAGAGUUUGGCUGCAAGAUCAGGAACUGGAUACAUUAAAACUUCCAGACCAGCGCAAGAACAGUGAAGGUCUGCGUCAUCGGAAGCUGUCUGAGCAGAGUGAUAGCAGUGUGUCAAAUCCUGCUUCGGUACCAGGUUCACCUGCAAAGACAACAGAUUAUUCCAGACAGCCAAGUCCUGUGCAUGGUCAGAAGUUACUUCUGGAUUCUAUUAUGGAUGGAGGAACAUCUGUUGAUUCGUUGCAGAUACAUAAGACAAGAGAACUACCCUUCAGCAAGGUCCUUGCAUUUAGUGAAACAGUUGAAUUCACUAUCACUGAAAGGCAUCAGUAUCUGAACAUUAGUGUUUGGGGAAAGGGAAUCAGUCAGACAGCACUAUUGGGCCAUGUAAGUGUUCCACUUGAAUCUGUGAUUACAGCUUCAAAACAACGUCACCAUUCUAGGAUGUGUGCCUUGCUUCCACCUGAUCCACAUACUGCUAUGAGCCGAAGUCACAAGCUGUCAUCUCACUCUGGUUUUGAGCCCUGCCUCUGCUUUGGGGAUAUAUUGCUGUCAUUUAAAUUUACAAGUGGUGGAGAAGCGCCCAUGUCUACCACCGUCAAGUUGCAGCAAAGUGCCACACGUUCAUUACCUGCAGAGGAGGGCCACAAACAGCAUGACUUUGUGAGGACACAGUUCCACCGCACCACACAGUGCGAGUUUUGUGGCAAGAAGAUAUGGUUGAAAGAUGCAGUUCAGUGUCGUAGCUGUGAUAUGACAUGUCACAAGAAAUGUGUGGUGAAAUGUCAGGUGAGCACUCUGUGUGAAGGUUCUCAGAAAACACCUACAGGGAACACAUCCCUGCAAAGAAGCCCAUCACCAACUCCACGACGAGCAUCUGUUCUGCCUGAGAUCAUUACCAGUGUUGCUGAUGGUGACAACAGUGAGGUUUCCAUGACUGACAGCUUAUCUGGUCUUCCACAACUUCUACUGGAUGGUGGUGAUGAAGUUUCCUCCACAUUCAGUCACCUCCUGCAGCAGCCUAGUCAUCAGGAUCCUAUGGCUGUGGCAAAAUCUACUGGGAAAGACUUGUACUCAGAUUUGCCAAUAGCAGAACGCAAAGAAAAAAUUAACAAGUUGAUUGGGAAGCUGAAAGCUGCGAUAGAUGCUGAAACACAAUCGCGUAUACUGCUGACUAAGGAGAGUAAUGAAUCUAAAGAUCCUGUCUCUCAAGCCAGAGCUGAAUUCCUAAUAAGCAAAUCAGAUGAAAAAGUACAAGAAUUAGCAGUCCUGAUGUUACACUGUUGUGCUGGCCUCCAGCAUGUACAGGAUCAGGAAGAUUUAGCAUCCAAGAGCAGCUAGUUUAACAUCAUUACUACUGGUUAUCAUCUGAUCAGAAUCACUUCAGUUUGUUUGUUUGUGUGUGUGUGUGUGUGUGUGUGUGUGUGUGUGUGUGUGUGUGUGUGUGUGUGUGUGUGUGUGUGUGUUUUACUUGCACGAAGAGAUGUUCUUGUGUGCAGGGAAGAACAUGGGACACAGAAUUCUCAAGUAAACUUGUAAACAGAUUUUAAAUUUUGUUCAGCAGAAAGAACUGUGGAAAGCUUCUGCAGUUUGUGAAGAUAUAAGAUGUCUAGCAACCUUCCUUCCUUCCCACUGUACUGAAAAUAUUUGUGCUGAACCAUAAAAGUAGCUCUGAUGUUAUUACACACCAGUUUUGUACUAAUUCCAUUUUAUAAUGAUGGAGUAAUUAUUGAUAGAAUUUACUGUUCACAUGUGUAUGUGUGAGUAAAUGGAAAGCAUUCAGCAUACUUUUGUAGCCUUGACUGUUUUUCAUACUUUUUUGUGAAAAUGUGGGAAUGUUGAUAAUUGGGCUACUUGGAGUUUCAUUGUUAUUGCACAUAUAUAAUGCGUGGAAGUAUUUUAGAUAGAAGAAAUUUUCAGUCCAUAUGUAUGAAAUGUUCAUGAAUAUUUAAGUAUAUUUUAUUUAUUUAAACUUAAUUAAGAGUAUAAGCUGCUAUAAAGUAAUUUAUUUUCAUAUGGAACCGACUUUGUAUAAAAAACCAUAAACAUUGCAUAUGCCAGCAAUAAUUUUGUAUUGUGUGCCAGAACUGUAAAAUUUCCUGAUAUUGAAAUGAGAAAUAGUGUCAGAAAUAAUAUUAGUAAUUUUAAUAUUCUGAAUGAGAUUUACACAUGGCAGUAAUCACUUGCUUUUUUACCACUUGUUGUAUGGGGUGUAGCAGUUUUUUAAUCUGUGAGUCAACUAAGUUGACAGAUAAAACAAAUAUAAGCAAUGAUUGCCUGCUACAGGCUUACAUUUAAAAAAAUACCCAUUGCCAUCCUAUCCAUUUGUGAACUGCAAAAAUUUGACAACUUGUAAAUUAUUUGAUAGUUUUGCUUUAUUGGUCCAUUUCAUCUUAGAAUUGUAGCAUUAAAAUUCCUAAAAAUGAAGUUUUAGAAAAUUUUCAUGAAAAUAUGUUCGAAAAUUGGUCUUCUGUGCUUAACUAUAAAUUUGUAUUCUUUUAAGUACUGCCACUUUUUGUACUGAAAUGAAAGAUGUUUAGUUUUCUAUGUUUGAUUAUAAAGUGACAUGUUAUUUCUUUUUUGUGAUGACUUUGUUCUCUUUGUUUAGUUUUCGAAAAUCCUUUCUUUUUGCGAAUACUUUAUGAAGGGAAAAAUGUACAAGAAAGCUUAAGAAAUUAUUGAUAUUUAACUUUUCAUGAUGUGACAGUGCAAGCGUAAAUUAGUUCGUUAGAUAUAAUUAAUAUCUUCCUGUUGAUACAUUCUUGAACAGUUAUACUUUAAAAUUCAGUGGUAUAGAUACUUAUUUAUUAUGUAUGGUGCUGAUAGUCUUUUUGUUUGGAAAUUACUUAUUUACCAUAGGAGACAAGUUUGUGCUUCUGUAAGAUUAAAUGCAUGGUAAUGGGAAAGAAAUGUCAGUAUCUCAUUAGCCAUUCUAGUAGGUAGCAUCAGGUGCUUUGUGUAAUCUGCAUGUUUUGAAUAUCAACCAGUACUUAGUGUUCAUAAAGACUUCUGAACAUUCAGGAUUUUUAUAAACAGAAGGAACUGCAUUAAUUUGAGUUUCUUUUCACCGGAUAUUUAUUUACUACACAAAUUAAUAAAGUCAAGAUUAGAACACAACAGUCACUCAGUUAUGUAGCAAGAAACACCAAUUGUUCUGGAUGCUCAUUAGUUUUCCAUAGUUAGUGAUUACUCUCGCUACACACUUGCUGUAGUAGUUUAAGUUCCUCAUCUUUAAAGGUUAACUACAACUGUGAAUUAAAACUGCUUUUAAUGUUAAUUCUGUAGUUUGUAAUGUGGCUUCAUUAACAAAUUUUUAUGCACUGAAAGGGGUAAAUGGUUCUUGCAACUGUUUAUAGUAUGCCAUAAAUGUAAGCAUAUGAUGUCUUCCAUGGGGGUCAUAUGUAGGUUUUAGGUAUUGCUUUCUAAUGCAGUAUAAAUAGAGAUAAUACUGUGUUAGUAUUUAGUUAAGGGUACUAGUCAAAUUCUGUCAGUUUUAGUAAAACAAUUCCCUCCAUAGUUACUCUAAGGGAACUCAGUAUUACUCUGUAGAUAGAUGGUACCAGUCAUGAAUUUUUCAAGAAACUCUGCUGAAUCUCGAUCUGGUAAUAUUUCAUGUAGCAAAUUGUCAUUUUAUUUAUUUGUGUGUAUUUACAUCUGAACAUCUCUCUAAUGCUUUCAAUAUUUUGCUUUAUGUAUUUAGAAAAGAAAUAUAUUACAUGUUUACUGGUAGUUACUUAAUAAACCAGCAGAGGUAGCAGUAAUGUCUUUCUCUAUAUCUGAAAGGCAUGUUGUCAAUAUUAGCAUGCUAAUUAUUAAUUUUCCGUGUAACUUCAUUUUGGAAAAUGUAAACGUGUGACCUCUACACUUUAACACAACACCAAGAAAUGAGUGCGCAAUAAACAU